AUAGCAGACCUGAGGGAGUGACAGAAGAAGAAAGAGGGAGGGAAAGAGGAGAAUAGACUCAGGACCAAGCUCACUACCCCAGUGCUCUCUCCUUUCUUUCCCCCAGUGCCUUAAGUCUGAGAUCAGCAGAUAGGAUGCGGUGGCUCAGCUCCUUGUCUACACUCCUCGUCCUGCUCCUCCUCUGCCCCGCUCUGUUGUAUGCACAGGAGGUGCUUGUACGAUUUGCAGGUAUAGGCCGGCGCAGUGCAAAUGAGGGACGUGUGGAGGUGUUGUACAAUGGAGCAUGGGGCACGAUGUGCGAUGAUGAGGUAGAUCUUAAUGUGGCCAAUGUGAUAUGCCGACAGUUGGGCUUCCAGCGCAGCUUGACCUGGGCACAUAGCGCUAAGUUUGGCCAAGGACAAGGUAUGAUCUGGUUAGAUAAUGUGCGCUGCAGGGGCACAGAGAGAUCAAUUGCAGAAUGUCAUUCCAAUGGUUGGGGAGUUAACGACUGUACCCAUGCUGAGGAUCUAGGAGUGGUAUGCAGCCCAGAAAGGAGACCUGGCUUCCCUGCUGUCUCUUUAGAAGAGACUCCUUCAUCUUCAAAUUACCAGCCAAACCAGCAAAGACAGAGAAACCAGUCACCAAGACAGUCUCUGUCACCCCCAGCUCCACCUGCAGGCCCAGAGUACAUCUCAUCUACCACACAAAGAGGCCAUGAGAUUGCUCUCCAUCGCAACCCAGUCUCUUCCCGUCGCAGCAACAUCUCCCCGCAAGAAAACGGCCACGAGAUUCAAAUCUUGAGACGGAAUCGAGGUAGUUCAAGAGACAGCCAGUAUGGCAGCCCAGCUGUUCCUCAAGGUCACCAACUACUUUCACGUCUGGCAAAUGGCGAUGCUUCUAGGCAAAGAGAGGAAACAGCAAGGAGCAGUCCACAGGCAGGGAGACAACGGGAAGAGGAGAGAGCAAACAGGCAGUCCCAAAAUCAGCCUCAUUCCCAGCUCCAGUCUGAGAGGACGAGUGACAGGAAUCAGCAGCUCAGUGGGAACCAUGUUGAAACAGACCCACUUUAUCCAGACAUAGAAGACGUGAAUGGUGCAUACUACACACAGGGAUCUGAGAGGGUUCACUUAGAGGAGGCUCGUCUGCGGCCAGUUUUGUCUAGCACCAACAGGGGUCUGGUGACAGAGGGAGUGCUGGAAGUGAAGCAUGCUGGGAAGUGGCGUCAUGUGUGUAACCGUGGAUGGGACCUGAGCAGCAGCCGUGUUGUCUGUGGCAUGUUAGGAUUCCCUGCAGCAGAAGCGUUUGACCAAAAACCCUACCGGAAACUGUGGGACUCCAAGCUAGCUGAUCCUUCCUCCAGGCUUAGGGCACAGAUCGGUAAGAAGGCUUACUGGGUGGAGAAGGUGCAGUGUCAGGGAGCGGAAGCAUCUUUGUCACAGUGUCAGGCCCUGCUGUCCCUGCCCAGGAGUGAUGUCCCAUGCAGGGGGGGCAUGCACGCUGUGGUCCGUUGUGUACCUGGAUCCCAGUUUUCACGUAAUGGCAGAGCGCCUGCACCACCUGCUGUGCAGCCUGUUGUGCGUCUGAAGGCCGGGCCCCGACUCGGGGAGGGCCGCGUUGAGGUUCUGAAAGAAGGCAAGUGGGGCACCAUAUGUGACCAUCUGUGGGACUUACCUGCUGCCAGCGUGGUCUGCAGAGAGCUGGGUUUUGGGACUGCUAAAGAGGCACUAACCAAGGCUGCGCUGGGGCAGGGUACUGGCCCUAUCCACAUGAACAGUGUCCAGUGCACAGGCAGGGAGAAGUCAGUUACUGAGUGCCACUUCAGACAAGUGCCUCUGUACACCUGCAAACAUAGCCAGGAUGUGGCAGUCCGUUGCAAUGUCCCCAGCACUGGCAUGGAGACCACGGUGCGUCUGGCAGGAGGGAGAGAGCCAUCACAGGGCCGCGUGGAGGUGCUGAUAGAAGUCGGAGGAGUGAGGCGCUGGGGCUCUGUCUGCAGUGAAAACUGGGGCCUGAAUGAGGCCAUGGUGGUCUGUCGUCAGCUGGGCUUGGGCUUUGCCUCAAGUGCUCAUCAGGAGACAUGGUACUGGCCUGGAUCUGCAGAUGCUGGUGAGGUUUUGCUGAGUGGGACUCAUUGCAUCGGCACUGAGAUGUCUAUUCAGCAGUGCCGCAGAAACACAAAUGUCUACUGUCCCAGAGGGGGAGAUGGCAGAGCAGCAGGAGUCACAUGUGUAGAGACUGCUCCUGACCUUGUAUUGGAUGCCCAGCUUGUCCAAGAGACGGCCUAUGUGGAGGACCGGCCUCUCCACCUGCUGACUUGUGCUAACGAGGAGAACUGCUUGUCCUCCUCUGCUGCCAGAAUGAACUGGCCCUAUGGACACCGCCGCCUGCUACGCUUCUCCUCCCGCAUCAUGAACAUGGGUCGUGCCGACUUCCGACCACGAGCCCCCAGAGAAAGUUGGGUAUGGCACCAGUGCCACAGGCAUUACCACAGCAUUGAGGUGUUCACCCACUAUGAUCUGCUCACACUCAAUGGGACAAAGGUGGCUGAAGGUCACAAAGCCAGUUUCUGUCUGGAGGACACCUACUGUCCUGAUGGUCUCUAUAAGCGAUAUGCCUGCUAUAACAUGGGACAACAGGGCAUCUCAGUUGGCUGCUGGGACACCUACCGGCAUGACAUUGAUUGUCAGUGGGUGGACAUUACAGACAUACGACCUGGUGAAUACAUCUUUCAGGUGGAGGUCAACCCAUCUCUAGACAUGGCCGAGUCUGAUUUCCAGAACAAUGUGAUGCGCUGCCGGUGCAAGUACGAUGGAUCUCGGGUUUACAUGUUCAGUUGCCAUGCAGGUGACGCUUAUAGCGCUGAGGCGGAGGACUUGUUUGACCACCAUCGUCAGAUUUCCAACAACUUCCUGUGAAUUAAGGGAGACCCAGAUUUAUUAACAGAACAACUGUACAACUCCUCACCACACCUCAACAUGUCAGGAAGGGAGGGUGAAUGAUAAUUACAUGCCAGUAAACAAAGAGGUGAGGAUCAGAGAGAGGAGGGUCUGUACACAGGAAUGAUUUGGGACGGAUGGAGAGGCUUGAUUCAAAAUGACUAACAAUAUCCUGUGACUGAUUAUCAUCAACAAUGCAUUUUGUUCUUAGAAAGUCAAAGAGAUUAAAGGAAAAAUGUUUAAAGCAGAAAAAAAAAAAACACUAAAGUCAGCUAUCAUUAGCAUCGUGACACCAUGAUAAAACA